GUCCAAGUUAGCUGGCUCGACAUUACUUUAUUUCCCUUGUGGAAGACUAUGCACUACACAUGGAAAAUUGUAUUCUUGAGAUUUGUUUACUAAAGUCUUCUACCAGAUUUGGUACAUACGAAUUUUUUGUUUUUUCGUGGCAAACAAUUUAAUUCUUGGUUGUUAUGGUUAUGUACAGUGGUGCAAAAUUUGCAUUCAAAAUUCUGGAAACUUACAGGAAAAUUAGUGCCACAGAUCAAGCACAUCCAAGAGAUAAAAGUGAUACAUCAUCAAGCAGUUCAACUUGUGAAACUCCUUUGUAUGGAAAUUGUGAAAUUGGAUUACUCAAAAGCUGCGUCAAUAUUUGGAGUUUCACUAAAAGUUGCAGCAAUUACUGGGGUUCGUGAAGUUGUUGAAGAGAUUUUAAGUUCAUUUCCUGGUGCAAUUUAUCUUAAAAAUGAGUUUAACCAGACAAUUUUCCAUCUUGCAAUUGUGAAUCGUCGUGAAAAUAUUUUCAAUCUGGUUUAUCAAUUCGAGGAAUUUAGCAACCUAUUUAUCUCAACAGUAGAUAGCACAAUGAAUAAUGGUCUACAUUUGGCUGGUUGUUUGGAAAGUCAACAGAAACUGAAUCUCAGAGCUCGUGCCGCUGGUGCAGCUCUACAGAUGCAACUUGAAUUACAGUGGUUUAAGGAAGUAGAAAAUUUUACUCUGGUUCCAGAUAGAGAACGGAUGAACAACAUGGGGAAGACACCAAGGAUGUUAUUUACAGAGACACACGAGGAGUUAGUUAAAGAAGGAGAGCAAUGGAUGAAAGACACAUCCAAUUCAUGCACAAUUGUAGCAGCAUUAAUUGUUACAGUUGUGUUUGCUGCUGCCAUUACUGUACCAGGUGGAAACAAUAGUGCUGGCCUUCCAGUUUUCUCCAAAGACAAAGCCUUCACAGUGUUUGCCAUAUCAGAUGCCCUAGCUCUUUUCUCUUCAAGUUCUUCUUUGUUAAUGUUCUUAUCCAUCCUCACUUCACGUUAUGCAGAAGGCGACUUUCUCUAUGCGCUACCCAAGAGACUGACUAUAGGUCUUGUGACCCUAUUUCUUUCCAUAAUAUUUAUGAUGGUAGCCUUUGGAGCCACACUUUAUAUUGUUUUUGGAGAUAAAAAAACUUGGAUUCUUGCUCUUGUGGCUGCGUUGGCUAGUCUACCUGUGAUCUUUUUUGCAUCCUUGCAAUUUCCCCUCCUUGUGGAUAUGAUCAAAUCCACUUAUGGCCGCGGCAUUUUUGGUAAGCAAAGCAAUCGUGUCAUUUUCUAGGCUAUGGACAUUCAUUGGUGCAAAAUUACGCACCCCAAUUAUGUAUCGGUGAUUAUCCAUGAGUGAUGAAUAAUUUAGCAUUUUUUUGUUGGAGUGUAAAUCUGUGCAGCACUUGUGUAAAGAAAACAAGCUUUGAAAAUGCAUUGUCAGCUAAUUGUGUUGUUUUAACUGUUCAUGUGGAAAUUAGUUGGUAUUCUUAUGUUUUAAG